AUUCUAAUGAGUUCAUCCACUGGCUCGGCAUUUGCGUAUUGUUUAAUCACUCCGAGUCGUGCUUAAUCGCCGAGCUAGACAAGAUCCAGCAAAUCCACGAGCGCCGUGCAUCUCCUUCUCCCGUCUCCCUAGCUAGCUAAGUUCCAAGAUCCCAUCCAUGGCGGAAACCGCAGCAGUCAACGUCCUCUUCCUCUCGCUAGCCACUGCUCUCUUCUUCAUCCACCUCCUCCUCAGGAACCGGGAACGGCAGCCGCCGCGCGGCCUCCGCCUCCCUCCGAGCCCGCCGUCGCUCCCGGUGAUCGGCCACCUCCACCUCUUCAAGAAGCCCCUCCACCGCGCGCUCGCGUCCCUCGCGGCGUCCCACGGGCCCGUGCUCCUCCUCCGGUUCGGGCACUCCCGCCGCGUGCUCCACCUCACCGACCGCGCCGCCGCCGAGCAGUGCUUCACGGCGCACGACGUCGUCUUCGCCAACCGCCCGCGGCUACCUUCCGCGCGCCACCUCUCCAACGGCUACACCACGCUGGGUUCCUCCAGCUACGGGCCCAACUGGCGCAACCUCCGCCGCAUCGCCACCGUCGAGGUCCUCUCCGCGCACAGACUCCUCCGCUCCUCCCCGAUCCGCGCCGCCGAGGUCCGCGACAUGGCGCGCCGCCUCUUCUCCGAUUGGGAUUCGAAUUCGAAUUCGAGUUCGGAUAAUCCCGGGCCAGCGCGCGCGGACGUGAAGGCGCGGGCGUUCGAGCUGGCGCUGAACGUGGUGGCGCGGAUGAUCGCCGGGAAGAGGUACUACGGCGGAGGGGAGGAGGCGGAGACGGAGGAGGCGGCGGGGUUCAGGGAGAUGGUGCGGGAGUACUUCGCGAUGCACGGGGCGUCCAACCUGCAGGACUUCCUGCCGGUGCUCGGGCUGGUGGAUUUCGGGGGAGCCAAGCGGCGGGCGGUGAGGCUGUCCAGGACAAGGAACGCGUGGGCGCAGCGGCUCAUCGACGAGCGCCGGGAUGCUGCUGCCGCGGCGGAGGCGGAGGGGAGGAGGAGCCUUGACGGCAUUGGCAGGACCAUGGUCGGCGACUUGCUGGAUUUGCAGGCGUCGGAGCCGGAGGCGUACAGCGACAAGGUCAUCAGAGCUCUCUGCCUGAGCAUCCUGCAAACCGGGACGGACACGACGUCGAGCACGAUCGAAUGGGGGAUGGCGCUGCUGCUCAACCACCCGGAAACAAUGUCCAAGGCCAGAGCGGAGCUGGACGGAGCCAUCGGCACGGGGCGGCUCCUGGAGGAACCCGACCUGCCGAGCCUCCCUUUCCUCCAAUCCAUCAUCACGGAAACCCUCCGGCUCCACCCGAUCGGCCCGCUCCUGGGGCCGCACGAGUCCUCGGCGGACUGCGCCGUCGCCGGCUACCACGUCCCGGCGGGGACGAUGCUGCUCGUCAACGUGCACGCGAUGCAGAGGGACCCAAGCGUGUGGGAGGAGCCGGAGAGGUUCCGGCCGGAGAGGUUCGAGGAGCCCGGCGGCGAGGGGGGGAAGUGGAUGCUGCCGUUCGGGAUGGGCCGGCGGCGGUGCCCCGGCGAGGCGCUUGGCGUGAAGGUCGUCGGGCUCGCGCUGGGCACUCUCGUGCAGUGCUUCGAGUGGAGGAGGGUUGGGGAAGAAGAGGUGGACUUGACGGAAGGGUCCGGACUCACCAUGCCCAUGGCCGUGCCGUUGGAGGCUCUGUACUGGCCUCGGGAAGAGAUGGCGUCGGUGCUAAGGGCGCUUUAGUGUUUUCUUUUUCUUUUUCAAAUGGUGCUCAUUUUUCAAAUAAAUAAAUAAAAUGGUGCUCAUUGCUCGUUCUUGGAA